ACAGGAAAGCUACCACUGAGAGUCUGCCCUGAGUACGAAGCGGGCCCUGCAAGGCGACUCGCAGAAGCUGACAGCAACCCCCAGCUCCGAGGUGUUCCAUGGGGACGGUACCAGAUGCGCUGAGGUCUGCCAAGCUUUCCCUGGUGGCAGCUUCCGAGGAGAAGGAUCACGUGGGAGACCUGCAGCCCGCCAAGCACCAGCACAAACAGCCAAGCGGAGCGGCAGCCAGCAAUGGCUUCCCACCCGCCGUGUCCCGUUCUGCCGGAGUUUGCUCCUUGGACCUAAAAUGCCCCCCAGCUGCCGACGCGCAGAYGUGUGAGAAACGCCCCGGGGACGAUGCCCGCUGCCCGGGGACCCUUUCCCCUGGGCUCUUGGGCAAGGCUUCCGAGGGGCGUCCUGCRGGCGUAGAGCCUGCUGGUAAUGCGCAGCCCCGGGGCAGCGAGGAGCCCGGGCCGGCCGCGAUGCCGGCCCCACAGGACGCGCGGCCGCUGGCGCAAAGCRGCCAGGGCGGCUCGAGCUCCCUGGCGCAAGGGGCUGAGGCCGCUCUGAAGCCGCAGGGCGCUGGGGAGCAGCCAGCGCUGGGGGUGUUGGGCUGCCCUGUGCCCAGCAGCCCUGUCAGCGGUCAUGAGUCCUCCCGUGUUCCUCAGGCAAACGUCCUGCAAAGCGGGGGAAAAGAAAAGGGAGGAGAAAAAGCUGGUCCUGCUGCGCGUCAGCCRGCCUCUCCAGUGGGGGACACUGAAGGAGAUGCGGGGAGAGGCCCCCGGGAUGCUCUGGAAGCAGAGCGCGGGGCUGCGGGCGCCGCGCAGUCGAGUCGUGCUGACGGGAGCGCCGCAGCGCAGGGCAGCGACCCCCAGCCCAUGUGCGGCGCGGGCCUGAGCCAGCCUGCCAGCUUCAGGGACACGGGAACCAUGACCGCUCACACGGAGAACAGCCCUUCCACGCGGGAAGCGGCUGCCAGGACAUGGCGGGAUGCCGAGGUUCAGGCCGUGGCCAGUGUGGAGAGCAAGUCAGCCUGCACCAGCCCCAGUAUCCUAUCUGCCUUUCUGAAAAAGAAUCCUCCUCUGGAGGAAAAGGAGGAACUGCACAUCGUCUGUCAAGGCAGUGGGGGGCUGAGCCAGGCUCAACUUACUGGCAGCUUGUCCUCACACCCAGAGUCCCCAUGUUCUUCUGGUAUCGUGUCAGAACCGACUGUUGUUACAGCUGUCACCAAUACAGCCCAAACCCAGGCUGUCAAACUGCAAAAACAUCCUGGAGACCCAGCAGUGUCUGCAGCCUCAGCAGAUAACGCAGCGCCCGCCCUGCCCGGGCCUCCUGCAGCCGUCGCCUCCCCUGGGCCCUCGAUGGCCGGAGGCAGCCRGGAUGCGGCCCCGGCCCUGCCGGAGGCGACGGCUGCCGACCCUCCCGCGGGCCGUGCGGCUCAUCCGAGGCCCUCGCAGCCUGGCUGCGGUGAGGCGAGUGCUGCUCCAGCUGCAGCUGGCCUGGGAAUGGAGAGUGACGUGCAGCAGCUCGCACGGGAUGCAGGAAGCCCCCGGGAGCCCCUGCCCGGUACUGCUGCACACAGGGGAAUCCAGCAGAAAGAGGUCCCGGGCAGCGCCGAGCAAAAGCCUGGGCAGGGUGAGGGUGGCAACGAGGCGAAUGCCGUUCCCGUGGUCAAAGCCAAGAAAGAAGAYAUGACGGUGCUUGAUCCUGAAGGGGUGACGAAUGUUAGCGGCGAACUCGGUGCCGUGGCUGUCAAGGGCAGUUCAGAGGAUGCUGGGGAAAAGGGACGUGGCGCAGAGCCAGGCGGGAUGAGCYGGGCCCUGCAGAGCGGCGGCCGGGGCUCUGCUCGCGCUGCCCCUCUCGCGGAGGCCUCGGCGGCUCCCCCGCAGCAGCAAGGCCUGCGGGAUGAGGAACCCGGACGAGAGCUGGAGACGGCGGCGCCUCCGGCCUCAGCCCGRGCUUUGCCGAGCCCCACGGAGAGCAGCCGGCAGCCCGGCCCCGCCACCGAGGCCAAAGUGCAGGUGAAGCAGUCCAAGCACGUCAGGGACGUUGUGUGGGAUGAGCAAGGCAUGACGUGGGAGGUUUAUGGAGCUUCCCUCGACCCGGAGUCCUUGGGAAUUGCCAUCCAGAACCACUUGCAGAGACAAAUACGUGAACACGAGAAACUGAUCCGGGCUCAGAACACUCAGAACCGGAAAUCCAUUUCCUCGGAUACAUCCUCAAACAAAAAACUGAAAGGGAGGCAGCAUAACGUAUUCCAGUCCAUGCUGCAGAAUUUCAGGCGUCCUAACUGCUGCGUCCGACCCGCUCCUUCCUCUGUGUUAGACUGAAGCGGGUUGCAGGGGCGGACAGAUGCCUGCCGCGCUGUAGAGCCCCCGGUCYCCUCAAGUCUUAAGUCCUGCUGUUGAGUUGUGUUAUUGGAAUCGUGGUGCAGCACCAGUGGAGAUUAUUGCCCCUUGUUUCCCGAGUAGUCACUCACUCCAUCAUGCCUUUAGUAUUGCCACAGCUGGUGUAUUGCCCAGGACAGGAUGCACCCACCCAUGUACUGCCCCGUGAAAAGCUAGGCACUUAGCAAAAGCACAGUCCUUAAUUGCUGCAGGGAGAGCAGGACGUUCUGAUAAGGCACCAAGCAGAGAGAAGAUGGUCAGAAUUAUUACCUGAAAUGAUUCUCAUGCAUGGCAAGGUCUUACGCCAGGGCAUGGGCUGGGGGAGUCUGGAUGAGGUGAAGUUAAGACUAAGCAGCUGUAAACAGCUAAUGCUCUCCAACAAUAAUAGAAGACAACUUUCCUUACCUUUAAGUUACCCACACUGAGAGAGUUUAUGCCAAGGCUAGGGACACUGGUCGCGGAUCAGCCUCGCUGCUGCUCCUGCUGCUGUGGGUGUAGUUUGUGGGGCAGCCUGAGGGGAAAUGUAGAGCCAAGGAAGGAGCGAAGAGCAAGGUUGAAGGAGAGUCUCUUGGGAGAAGAAGUAAGUUAAGAAGUAAGUAAAGUAGGUUAAGUAAGUUAAGAAGUAAGUUAAGCUGGCUAGAACAAGAGGUGGGAGAGGGAGGUACAAUUCUGUGGCUGAUUCAACCCCGUUGAAUCAGCCACGCUGAAGACUUGUGCAAGUGCAAGCGGGCAGGAUGGAGAGGUGUGAGGUAAGGUGUGAGGGAGCCCUGCACUAGGCUGCCCGUGUCUGGGCACAGGCGAAAAAGGCAGCGAGCGCCUGGGGCAUCUCCAGUGCUCUGCUUCUCCGACAGCGCUGGACACCUCUCUUCUGUCAAUCUCUUUUUAAAAACACAGGUGUUUUUCUUUCCUGAGAGAUGCAUGCUGGUGUUUUCAAGUAGAAGUAGGCUGUGCUGUGCAUCGGGGUCCACUCGCCCACCUGUCUAGUAUGUGCUCUGCUCUGAUGUUUUCCUUUUAAGUCCUUGUCCUAAUCUGU